ACUUCUUAAUUCCAGGCUCAAACCGGUGCCGUCUACCGCCGACAUGGUCCCUGUUCACCAAUCCCUAGCACGAAGCCCCCAACCCUGGGUGAGAUCCUGCGCCUAGACCAAUUGCGCGUCAAUUAUCUCCAGCAAAUGGCAUCACUUGGCCCCAGAGACACACAGGUACAAGAAUCCCAGACAAGCAUUCCGGCAAACCUUGGUAGUGCAUUCGGUACUGCUGAAUACGUCGUGACGGUGGGCUACGGCACACCCAAACAAGACCAGGCUGUGAAUUUUGACACGGGAAGUGAUGUCAGCUGGAUCCAAUGCCAACCAUGCCCGGACUGCUACCCACAACAAGAAAAUUACUUUGAUCCCUCUCAAUCUUCUUCCUAUGCUUCAAUCCCCUGCAGCUCUCCCGAAUGCUCACCAUCCUCAUUCCUUGGUUGCUCCAACUCUACCUGCAUCUACCAAGUUCAGUAUGGUGAUGGUUCCAUAACUGCAGGAUACUUGAGCCGUGAAACACUGACACUAUCUCCUUCCGACAUGGUCUCAGGCUUCAUUUUUGGGUGCGGCCAAUCCAACGAAGGCUUCGUUGGAAACUUAGCUGGGUUAAUGGGACUCGGUCGAGGCAAGCUCUCUUUAGUGUCCCAAACAUCUCAGAAAUUUGGCAGUGUAUUCUCCUAUUGCCUCCCACCUACAGCCAGCUCUACAGGCUACCUGACAUUUGGCGCGCCUACGCCAUCUGCCACCAUUUCAUACACACCGAUGCAUACCGAUACAACACAACCCACCUUCUACAUCGUUAAUUUGAUAGCAAUAAGUGUCUCAGGGCAGCAGCUGGCGAUUCAGCCUUCGGUCUUUUCCUCUACUCUGUUUGUCCUAGACUCAGGAACCGUGAUCACAAGGCUACCUCCCUCGGCCUAUCAAGUCCUGAGGUCUGCUUUCCAGAGCUCCAUGAUGAAUUACCCAAUGACAGGGCCAUCUGGAAUACUUGACACUUGCUAUGAUAAGAAUGUGAAUGUGAAGCCUGCACCGGUUGCACUGCACUUCGAAGGGGAUGUCACUCUGAACCUCGAUGAUUCAGGUAUCCUCAUUGAUAACUGCCUAGCUUUUGCUGGAAAUAAGGAGGACAGCGAUCUAGGCAUCAUCGGCAACGUGCAGCAGCGUACAUUCGAGGUGGUUUAUGAUCUGGCAGCAGAGAAAAUCGGGUUUCAGCCCAAUGCCUGCAACUGAUAAGAACUAUGCCCUGCUAUAAUUUAGUAAGUAUCCAUGGAAUAAAAUGGAGGGGUGUUAAGGUGGAAG